GUGGGCCAAGAAGGAAGCAAGUUCAGUCUUUAUGCCUUUCUAAAUUUCUUCCUCUCCUUCCUCCAACAGACUCUUCAUAUCUUCGCAAAUUCGAGUACGGGAUCUUUUGUUCGAAAACCAUGCAUUUCCUCCUCCUCGGCGCCAUCGGGCGGACUGGCAAGCACGUCGUCUCCAAACUGCUCUCUCAGGGCCACACAGUGGUCGCCCUCGUACGCGAUUCUAAAAGGAUCAAACCCCAAUCCAACCUCACUAUCGUCAGCGGCUCGCCGCUGGAGCAAUCCGACAUUCACGCCGCUCUCACCGCGGUGCCUUCGCUCUCAGUGUCUGCGGCCAUCUUCACACUCAACACGCUUCGCAAGUCUGACAGCCCCUUCGCCGCUCAAGUAGGGCCUCCCCGCUUCCUGGCCGACUCGUGCACCAACCUCUGCGCUGUCCUAGAGCAAGCCGGCGUCCGGCGCGUUGUCGUGAUGUCUACGGCAGGCGUCGGCGAUUAGUGGGGCAACCUACCGUGGGUGAGCAAGAAGUUCAUGACGUGGACGAAUAUCAAGCACGCGCUGGAGGAUCACAGUCUCGUGGACGAGGAGAUGCACAAGAGGGAUCUGCUGAACGAGUCGCUCGCACGGGCAUGAUGUUAUUGGCUUCAUUCUCGUGCUACAUCUGGGCCUUUCUAUCCCGAGUCAAUAGAUGUUCUGGAUCCCUCUAUUGAGUCAUGGCAGGCCGUGUUCAGGGGCCUGACCGUUGAUAUCGGCCAUUAUCUGGAU